AUGAGUGAACCCUCAGGACCAAGUGGAUUUAGUUUAAUUUCUGAGAAUAAAAAGCCUGUGUCACCAAUGAAUUUACAACGACUCAGCAUCAGUAUUGGUCGUAAGAGUUUGAUUCCAUUUUUUGAUAUAUUAAAUAAACGUUCUCAAUCCACCUCUGUUACAAUAUGCAAAACAUCAGAUGAUAGUCAUUUUAUGCAGACUGCAGGAUUCCAGUUUCUUUCACAUCAAAGUUACUAUCCUUUAAUGAUAGAGACAAUAACCAAGCAGUUAGACAUUAUUGAUAAAUUUGUUACUAUGAUGGAACAUAUGGCUGACGUAAGACAGUCUUAUUCUACGGCGUUGAAGGAAAUCUGCACUAAUUUCUCUGAAGGUAGUGAUAAUGUGAAUGAUACACAAAGUGAUGAUACUAAUGGAAUAUUUCAUGACAUUUGGGAGAAAUUUAUUGAAAAAGUUGGAAAUGAAGCUGAGCUUCAAGAAAAUGUUGUCCAACAGACUAAAACGAAAGUGAUUGUACCUUUACAGUGGAUUGUCAAGCACAGGAGACAACAGAUUUCGCGUUUAAAAUCAUUCCGUACGUCAACCGAUUCAACACUUAGAGAGUGCAGUGAAAGAGUUAUUGAGUUACAUGGUAAUUAUUCAGAAUUGUACAAAGUUCACCGUGAAAUUUUACAAACCAAAGCCAUCAAAGAUCUAUUAAAUGCACAUAACUCCUAUGUACUUCAGUUGCAUAUGACGAACACAAUGAAAGAAUAUUAUCAUAAUUUAAUUUUACCACAGAUUAUGCAAGAGUUCGAGACAAUAAUCAAAGAGAACACAGCAGAAUUCAGAGAGAUUUUCGACUACUUUGGUUCACUUCAUGAAAAUAUGUUUGAUCACUUGAUGUGUAACAUACAUGAUUUCCAAUCUAAAGUGAAAGAAAUUUCUCCAGAUGCUAUUGUAGCAAUUACUGUACAGAAUAUGAGUAAAAGGCAAAGCCCUUUACAUUGGCAACUCACUGAAUACCUUCCACCUGACUGUGACUGUCCUGAAAUCCUCUGCUCAGACAAUAUAAUUGUGGAUAGCUUAGUCAAAGUAGAACUACAGACAAAAUUUAGUGAACUCAAACGUCAGUUUGCUGAACUUUCUUCAUUUAUGCAACAGAAUGUGGAUGUCGUAAACACACUGAAAACACUUGAGAAAAGAAUCGAUCUUCAUAGGCAUGCUGUUCAUACUAAUUUAAAACUACAAGAUGAUAUUUAUCGCAAAGAAGAUGAAAUACGAAAGGCGAGAAUAGCACUGGCUGGGAUAGAAAUUCAACUAAAAAUAAUUGGCAUGAAGAAAGAAAGUUCUGGAGAUCUGAAAUCUACUGCAUCCUCGGGGCCACAAAAUAUAAAAGGAUUAUGGAAACGAGCAUUUCAGUCAUUGCGGAAAGAUAAAAAUGAAAAAGACCAGUAUAAACGGAAAGAAAAUGGCAGUCAAGGAGGAGAGGCACAAACUCCUGAAGGUGAAAUUGAUCCAGUGUACCAUUUACUACGUUGUGCAGCUAGUAAAAGUCAGUCCACAGCUUUGGCGACAACUGGUCUGACAAAUGCAAAAACAAAUCUUAAACCAAAAUCAACUAAUCCUGACACAUCUCAGACAAAUUCUGGUGACAGUGGACAGUCAUCUAGGCUGGAUAAUUACGAAGUAAAUCCAUAUACUGGUUCAAUGAUUUUACGGAAGACUUCCCCAAUUGUAUCAUUUAAACAAAAUGAAUCAGAACGUUGUCGACUAGAUGAAUAUUUACUUGAUAAUAAUAAUAAUAACAACAAUAACAAUACAAAUAAUGUUACUUUAAUUACAAACACUAACAAUAAUAAUCAAAUUAACGCGUACAAUCAAAACACAGAAAGUGAAAAUAAUUCAUCACGCUUUAAUGAAAAUCAAUCAACAAAGAAUAAUAAUGUGUUAAUACCUACAAAUGUUAAAUUAAUCCCUCCAAAUCCUAUUUCAGAGCAACAACAAAUUAUUAAUUUAAAUGAAGCGGAAUUAGCUUACGAACAACAUAAACGAAUGAAUCCUAGACAGAAAGCACCACGUUCUGGUCAAAAAAGUCCAUCUUUUCUAGUUGAAGAAGAUCAACAAUCAUAUGUGAUAGAUUAUGAUCAGGAAGUUGAACAAAAAUCAUCCAGAUCAACAUAUGAAAUAAAAUCGUAUAAACCAUUUACUGGAAAUAACCCAAAAUCGUUUCCUUCAGCACAACGCCCUACAAAUGAAAGAAUGUAUACACUUAAUCGAAUGAAAAUGAUGUCAAUGGAAGAGAAUGAAGACGACGAGCCAAAUACUGUAGAUGACGUUCAAAAAUUUCAGAAAAUUAAUCACAAUGUAAAUUAUUUUCGAACAGAACAUACAGGCUCAUCUUCUUCACAUAAAUAUGCACAAAAUUUUAGCUCACAAUCGAAUAAACAAAAUAAUUAUGAUGAUGUAGUACCGUCAAUUCAACAAAUAACAAACGUCGAAGAUAGAACAAGGAAAAAUCCUCUUUUAUCAACGAAAAGUUUUUCAUUGGAUGUACCACGAUUUGAUCAGCCAAAUGAGUCUAGCAUAGGUGGUUCAGGUGGUUCCAGUCCAGGACGUUAUUCUGAAGGACCUCGAAAGUCAUCUGUUGCAAAAUACCCUCAGUGUUUAUCUUCUAGAAUGUCACCGUCGCUAUUUUCAGCAAGAAUGACUGAACCAUGCUUUUAUACUCACGUAGAACAAGAGUUCCCUUCGAAGAAACCAGUACAAUCAAUAAUCCACAUUUUGUACAAGUUCACGUAA